CUAAAGCUCUUUUCCAGAAGUUUCCAGAGUUGCGCAAUGAAAUCUUGUUUGACACUCAGAAAAGACAAGUUGUUUUGUGCUUUCGGAAAGCUUUUUACGACAACUUUUCUUCGAAUUUCUUCAAAUAGUUCUUCUGUAAUUCUGUCUCUCGUUCGUUACCUAGCAAUAGCAUACAACUGUCUGUAACAUAGUAUGUUUGUGUCUCUGUGGAUGUAAGAUCCAGCGUGUAGAUCACUGAGUUCUGUGUAUGGGUAUCGGAUGUAUGCGCCUAGAUCACUGAGUUCUGUGUGUCAGUAGGGACUAGUGGAACACAUCCGGAGAGGAAGCCGUGAACUAAAAAGCUUGUCGGUAGCAGAUUUUCAACUUUCAUUUAUUUUUUUUGGGGGGGGGGAAACUGUCAGGACUCAGGACAGGAAGUAGGAUGAUAAGGGAGGGAGGUGGAGGUGGUUGUCUGGGACUCCCAGGGAUGUUCCGAGUGUUCUUGUUGGGGACUUGUGCUCUUACGAUCCUGAGCUCUGCAGGCUUGGUGUUCCUUCUGGUGCAACACAUGCACCUGUCAGCCCACCUGGCCCGGUUGGAUCUACAACUCCAGGUGCUCUCAGAGACCUCUGGCGCCGUGCUGCAUCAUUCUGCAGCAGUAUCCCUCCGGGCCAGCAGGGACCCUGGAGAGGAGACUGAUAGGUUGCAGGUGCUCUCCGAGGAAUCUGGGUUGCAGACAUCACCCCACAGGACCAGCAGGGAAGACCCAGGCGYAGAGGAGGCAGAAAGGGAGCUGCGGCAUGGUCGACCCCGCAGUAAGAGGAGCAAGGCUGGGAAACGGCAGACUAAACGACAGCAGAAACGUGAAGACAGGGACAUGAUGAUGGUGAUGACAUACUCUAUGGUCCCGAUCAAGGUCCUGUUGGAACUAUGUAACAGCACAAAAGACAUGUGUUUAACAGGCMUACCAGGACCUCCAGGCACUCCAGGUGUGGAUGGGAAGCCAGGAGUCAAUGCUACAGAAGGCAUACCAGGACCACCUGGAGCUGCAGGAGACGAGGGAAAAAAGGUCAGACACUGUUUGUGGUCCCCUGGAGAGAGAGGGGAGCCUGGGGUGAAAGGAGACGUGGGAGACCCUGGACCUCCAGGACUGAAGGACGAGACCCCAAUGCAUCAUCAUAGAGGGGCCUCCGGGUCCAAGGGGCCCUCCUGGCCCUGCCGGUCCCCCUGGUCUACCUGGGCCCCCAGCGACCUUAGAGGACCCAGAACCCUCUAGAAAUAGGACCAUGAGAGCACACCUGUUAGAGAACACCUGUCUCCAUCAAGCCAACAUGUCUGACUCUCUGAGUACAGAGAAUACAGCCACAAGCAGUGACACCUUGAAUGUAACCAAUGCAGAGAAUGUUAAUCGAACCAUCAGAGCACACAUCCAUCAAGCCAACAUGUCUACGGAGUCAGCGAAUCUAGCCGCAAGUAAUGACACGUUGAAUGUAACUGACACAGAGAACGAGGAAGCAAAUAACCGACAAGAUGACAUACACAAAGAUUGGGAA